AUGCUGGAGGGGCAGGGGCAGCAGAGCCCAGCCUCUCGCCUUCCAAGGGCGGCGGGCCGUGGAGGGCAGGCUCAUGGGUGGCAGGGACGUACCUGGCCAGCGCGUCAGAACGGCUGCCCACCGCCGCUCGGGGCUCGGCGGACGAGGCCCGGCCUUCGGAGGACCACGCACCCGCAGCCUCCCUCCCCGCUGACUCCCAGCCCUCCGGGAGACCCUGAGCUCCGCCCACUCACUACGAGCGGACACCGGAUCGAGCCCGAGACGCAGGCGCUGCGCGCAGCGGGCGGCUUCGGACGGGUCCGGCGCCGGCUGGCGGUGGCCUCGUGGCUGCCCAGAGUGGUACUAGGGCUGGCACUGAGCUCGGAGUCAAUGCUUACGGCGCGACCCGCGCACCAUUGCCGUCCGGAUCCUGAGCUCCUGCCUCCCGCCCUGCGUGCCCUGGACGGGCCGGCGUUACUUCGUGCCAGCGUGCCGCGGAUCGGAGCUGAGCGCGCAUGGAGCCCCUGCCUGCUGCUGUACUACCCCGAGGCCGGCGCCCCAAGUCCGAGUGCGGGAAGGGGAGGGUCCUGGUCCUCAGAAGGGCAGGUGACAGGUGACCUGUGUUCCCUACAGUGGGAGCUUGUGUGUGACGAUGGCUGGGAGGUGCCUCUGGAGCAGAUAAGUCACUUGCUGGGCUGGCUGCUGGGCUCUGUCGUCCUGGGGAUGGGCUGUGACCGAUUUGGCCGCCGAACUGUAUUUCUCAGCUCACUGGUGCUGGCCACAGGGCUAGGUGCCGGCGAGGCCUUGGCCACCAGCUUUCCUGCCCUUCUGGCCCUACGGCUGCUCCAUGGGGGGGCCCUGGCAGGGGCCUUCCUGGCCCUCUAUGUAGCACGCCUAGAAUUGUGUGACCCCCCACACCGCCUGGUGUUCUCUGUGGGUGCCAGCCUCUUCUCAGUGGUGGGCACUGUGCUGAUGCACGGCCUGGCCACGCUGGCUCAGGACUGGCACAUUCUCCAGGGGCUGAGUGCCCUGCUAACAGGCAGCCUGCUGCUGGUUUGGGGAUUUCCAGCCCUAUUCCCAGAGUCAGCCUCCUGGCUGCUGGCCACCGGGCAACUGACCCAAGCCAAGAAGAUACUGUGGCACUUGGCAGGGGCCAAUGGCAUGGACCCCAAAGAUGAGGAGAAUUCCCUAACUACAGAGCUGGACCUGCUGUCCGCAGGGAGCCCCCAGCCACGGUACCACUCGCUCCUGGACAUUCUGCACACCCAGAUUACCUGGAGAAACGGCCUCAUCCUGGGCUUCAGUUCGUUGAUUGGUGGGGGCAUCCGAGCCAGUUUCCUCCAUGACCUGAGCCCCCCCCAGGGGUCACCCUCCUAUUUGUCCUACUUCCUGGUGGCCGGUCUGGAUACGGCAGCCUUUGUCACCCUGCUACUGACUGUAGAAUUGGGCAUGUUGGCCACCAGCCUAGUGACCCUGCUGCUUCUCGCUGGGACCCAGUACCUGCCCCACUGGACCACGCUGCUACUCUCUUAUCUGGGGCUCUUGGCCUCCCAGGCCGUGUCCACACUCAGCAGCCUGUUUGCUGCCGAGGUCUUCCUCACCGUCACCAGGGGCGCAGGCCUGGGUUUAGUGCUGGGCACCGGCUUCCUGGGCCAGGCGGCCGUACCCCUGGCCGAUAUGCAUGCCCGGCUCGCCUUCUUCCUCCACCAUGUGGUCUUUGCUGCUUUUGCGGUCCUGGCCCUGCUCUGUAUCCUGUUGCUGCCUGAGAGCCGAGGCCGCACGCUGCCCCAGACGCUGCAAGACGCAGAAGGCUUCCGCCGCAGCCCCCUAUCCCGGGCCCUCUGCCCCCGCCACCAGGACCACCUGCCCCUGCUGAGGCCCUCCAGCCUGUACUAGGCCGACCACACCCACCCAGUGCACUGCUCCUGA